AUGAGCGCAGCGCCCGAGCCGCCGCCGAAGCCGGCGGGCCCUACGUUGCCCGCGCCGCGCACGCGGCCGCAGUGGCACAUCACUCUAGCCGAGCUGCAGGUAACGCGCUCCGCGCACGAGCUGGGGAUCCGCUUCGACUGCCAAACAAACAUGCCGAGCUUCUUUCGGUCGCAGUUCCGCAACGUCGAGCGCACGUACCGCGAGCUCGCCCUAUACGCCUCGGCGCUGUCGAUGACCGGGCCGACGAUCAUUGUGCCGGCACUGCCGCUGCCGACGCCGGCGAUGGUGCACAUGCCCGAUGCGGGGUAUGAAGGCGAGGUGUGCGAGCUGCACGAGCUGCGCGAGAUGCUUGCGCACUGGUUCGAGCGGGUGUUUAGCGAGCCGACGCUGCGUGCACACAAAGAGACGCGCCGCUUUAUCGAGUCUAACUACAGCUACGAGCCCGAAAAGGUGCACGUACACGCGCCGAGCGGCAGCCGGAAGCAAUUUGCGCACUCUCAAGCGCACAUCCAGUCGCUCACGCACGUCUUUAACGGCGAGAUGUUUAGCCAGACGCCAAGCGUUGGGAAGUCGGGCGUCGCGUCGAUGCUCGGCCUGCGCGCACAGCCCAAGCCGACGCCGGCGGCCUUGGUGCCGGCGCACCUCGCCGCGACGUCGGCGAUCGGCGUGAGCGACCCGGACGAGCAGCUAUCGCUCGCACGCAGCGAGCUUACGCGCCUCGAGAAGCAGCUCGGCGAUGUGGUACACGCGAGUGCGGGUGUAUCGGCAGCACGCAGCGCCGUGCACGCGGCGAUGAAGGACGUCGCCAGCGCGCUGCUACCCCUUGCGACGCUCGAAGAGGCGCGGGGCGAGUCGCUGCGUGGCCGCCUGCCGCGCACGCUGCGCAGUGCGAAUGGUAUGUUUGCCAAUGUCGCGCAGCUCUCCGACACCAUUAUGCACGCCGAAGACGUGACGCUGCGCGAUGCGAUCGCCUACCAGGAACUGAAUAUGCGCGCGGCGCGCAUGGUGCUCCAGGAGCGCACCGCGAUUGUCGUUGAACACGAUAUAGCCAAGCGCGUCACGGCGAACAAGCGACACGACGCCGAGCAGAUGCGGAUCGCACGAACCCACCGCGUGGACCGCGUCGACGCGGCGAUCGAAGAGGUGCGCGAGGCUCACCACCACGAACAGCUCCUCGAGCGCUACCUCGCACAGGUGAGCAAAUCGCUGCGCGAGAGCUUGCAGCGCCACAGCGUGCAGACGCACCACGAUCUGCAGCACCUCAUUCUGGAGCAUGCGCGGAUCAGCGGCGUGUAUGAGCGGCGUGUUCUCGAUAUGCUGGGCCUAUUUGAUAUGGACCUUAGUGCUGCAGCACAGGAGGCACAGAGCGCCGCGAUGCUCAAGGCAAACGUCAAGCGCAAAAUGACCCCGGCGCAGGCCGCCGCGGCGCGUGUCGUGCGCGGCGAGGCGGACGAGCUUCCGGCCGACCAUGCGCCCCUCUCGCUCGCGGCGACGCCCGAGCAAGAAGAGGAAGAGGAAGAGGAAUGGGAGGAAGAGGAGGAGCAUGCGGCUGUGCCGUCGGUGCCGGCGAUGGAAGAGCCACAGUGGCUCGAGGACGAGCCAGAAGCCCCGGCGCCGAUCGCCGCGCCCGAGCCCGAGCCAUCGACGGCCGAGUGGCUGCCGCAGCCUGAGCCCGCGAAUGAGCCGGAGGAAGAGCCCCCGUCGCUCUUCCGCUCGCGCAUGACCGGCGGGCGCGGAUUCGGCGGCCUGUCGGCCUCCGACGCGGCCAAGUCCCUCGCCGGUACCUUUUAA